CUCUUUCUCGUUUCUCUUCACGCUAUAUAGUCUUCUUUCCCCUCACUACACCAAUUUCAGAGAAGCACGCUUCUCUGUAUUCCAAACACCCUAAAAAUUAUUACAAAGAACCUAAAUUAGAGGCCAAAAAUUUGGCUUUAUCUUCUAAACUGCUAGGAAAGUUGAUGAUUUUUGGUGAGGGGAAACUGAAAUGGUUGGGAAGGAUAAUUUAAAGACUGAGGAUUUGAAUUUGUUUUUUGAGAAUCUUAUGAUGGUUGCUGGUGGUGAGAAAGGAGGGAACAUGAAGGUUGGUGUGAUCACUGAAUGGAAGGAUAUUCCUGUUGAGCUUUUGAUGCAGAUUCUGUCUCUUGUGGAUGAUCAGACUGUGAUUCGAGUUUCUGGUGUUUGUCGUGGUUGGAGAGAUUCUAUUUACUUUGGCCUUGCUCGUUUAUCACUCUCUUGGUGUAACAAGAACAUGAACAACUUGGUCCUAUCUCUUGUUCCCAAGUUUGCAAAACUGCAAACUCUAAUCCUUCGUCAAGAUAAGCCACAACUGGACGACAAUGUUGUUGGCACUAUUGCAAAUUUCUGUCAUGACCUGCAGAUUCUUGACCUCAGCAAAAGUUUCAAGCUCACUGAUCGCUCACUGUACGCUAUCGCUCAUGGUUGCCGCGAUCUUACAAAACUAAAUAUCAGUGGAUGUUCAGCAUUUAGUGACAAUGCUCUGGCCUACCUUGCUGGUUUCUGUAGAAAACUGAAAGUUCUAAAUCUCUGUGGAUGUGUUAGAGCAGCUUCUGAUACUGCACUUCAGGCUAUUGGACACUACUGCAAUCAGUUGCAGUCUUUGAACCUUGGAUGGUGUGACAAAGUUGGUGAUGUUGGAGUGAUGAGUCUAGCAUAUGGUUGUCCUGAUCUAAGGACAGUUGAUUUGUGUGGCUGUGUCUAUAUAACAGAUGAUAGUGUGAUUGCUUUGGCAAACGGAUGCCCUCACCUGAGGUCCCUUGGACUGUACUUCUGCAAGAACAUAACAGACAAUGCAAUGUAUUCAUUGGCACAAAGCAAAGUGAAGAACAGGAUGUGGGGAUCUGUGAAAGGAGGAAAUGAUGAAGAUGGACUAAGGACAUUGAACAUCAGCCAGUGCACUUCACUCACUCCUUCAGCUGUUCAGGCGGUUUGUGACUCAUCUCCUGCUCUCCACACAUGCUCAGGGAGGCAUUCACUCAUCAUGAGUGGCUGUCUCAAUUUGACCGAAGUCCAUUGUGCGUGUGCUGGUCAUGCACACCGUGCAAUGAACGCUUUCCCCCAUCCUGCUCAUUAAUAAACCACAUGACUUCGAGGAAGUGCCCUUUGAAGGGCUCGGAGAAGUGAUGCUGUUACCUUCCCCUCCCCUUCCCUUUGGUGUAGAUAUGUAUGUGACUUUGUGUUGGAGACUUGAGCUACAGAUGAACAGCCAUUUGUUGUUGUGCUCAUACUCUCUGUUUUAAUUAAUACCUCAACUUUGGACUUUUAAGAUAUUUUGAAUGCAAAAAACUAGCUUGUUCCUGUUUAGCCGUAUAAAUUUAUUGGAAGACAUGGACUUGGACUUCUUCUAAACGUUGUUUGGUUUUUAGAAGAAUAUGCAUAUUAUGUAUUUGUCUGCCA